UUCCCUAGCUUCGAUCAAAUCACAUACUCUCGAGAUUCUCUGUCUUCUGCAAAGGGCAUUCUAUAAGUCAGCAUAAUCCUUGUUAUUCCAUCUCUUCUCCAAUUCCACCAUGUCGAAAUGUCGAAAAUCCUCAUCCUAGGAGCAAGCGGAUACGUAGGCAAGCACGUAGCCCACAGGCUCAUCCAGUCAGGCCAACACACAGUCUACGGCGUGGCACGUUCACCCGAGAGAGCAGCCCAGCUCGCCCGACAGGAGAUAAUACUCGUUCUCUGCAGUAACCCGGUCGAAGAUCCAGAGCCUUUGCUCCACAAUGUGAUGCUCAUCGGUCAGGAACGGCAGAAGGAAUACGGGCGACAUGGCGUGAAAGGACCAAAGCUUGGCUUCAUCUACUACUCCGGGACCUGGGUGCACGGUUCAUCUUCCCAAGCCGUUAAUGACCUCUCCCGACGUGGUCUCGAAAAGCAGAUACUAAAUGCGACCGAGGUGCUGGAUGUGAUGAUUCUCCGGCCCGCCUUGAUUUACGGUAGAAAACUAACGAUCUGGUCGUCUUUCGAAUGGGAGAAGGAGUCGAUUGAGAUUCCUUUGGACACGGAUGCAAGGCCGGGGCUGGUACAUGUCGACGACGUAGCGCGAGCCUUUCAGUGCGCUAUCACGAAGCUCCCUUGCCUCUCCGGAACAGGUGUUUACCCUGUUUUUGACCUGGUUACGAGCCAGGAGGGCAUGCGCGAGAUCUUCGAAUCCAUGGCUGUAUGCUGGGGCUUCAAAGGGACAGUAAGGCUGAAGGGUGCUGGUGGGGACAAGCUCGCUAAAGCAAUGAGUACAACGUUCCGGGGCUCUUCUGCGCGGGCUGAGCAGCUUCUGGGCUGGAGGCCGAGAAGGUUAGGCGGGUUUGUGAAGGAUAUGAACGUUCAUGCGGCUGCGUUUGCGUUGAGCACGGGGGUAACUCAGGUCAAGCUAGCAGAUGGUUAG